AUGGCUGCGACGCCUCAUCACCGUCUGGAGUCCGAACCUUCAGAAAACAAUUCCGAUAAACGCUAUCGAGCGGCAGGCCUCGCGUGUUUGGUCACUAUAGUGAUCUUGGCGACAUAUGCUGCCAACUCAGUAACAAAGUUGCGAAGCGAGAAAUUUACACCCAUGCAGAUUGAUGACCUCUUAGAUACCAAUGAAUCGAUAUACAUUGAUAAUUCAGGAAAGAUUUCAGCUCCAUCAAACGUGUCGACAGCAUCCACUUUGCAUGCUGUCCACAUUGCAAUGGGCUGUCCGGAAAUGGAGACUGCAUUUGAUAAUGCUAUCGCUGGUAGCCUCAUGCCUUUUCGCUCAUUUACGCUGACCAAAGGUACCGGGUAUGCUUACACAGCGCUUCAUCUUAGCAAGCUUUGGGUUCCUUUCGGUACUUCGGUGAUGCUUCGUGCGGUCGAAGGUUUUGAUUCUCCCGAUCGCACAUUUAAUCUAACGAUCGACUACCCAAGCGGUCAAUUGUACAAUGACGUUCUCGCACCGCCUCUGCUAGCAAAAGAGUUUCGUCUUGAGUUUUAUCGCAAUGUUGAUAGUGUCAAUACGACACUCCUUGAUGCAGAUCUCAUUGCAAGCCCCUUUAGCGUUACAGACAGCGGUACAACAUGUUUUGGCUUCGUAGUGGAUGCGUACUACUUCGUGCUUAUGGAUGACGACAAUCCGAUAUUCGCUACGGAUGAAUCAAUUUGUGCCGUAGACAACACUAGGGAGGCCAUUUGCUACUACGACGACAGUCCCACACGAAUGGCUUAUGUAGCAUCUCGAGCCGUCGCUCGUUUGCUCAUUCCAAAAGGUUCUGGCGCGUCCGCCGGAUGCACGGCCUGGUUAAUAGGAAAUCAGGGACACAUGAUGACUAACUACCAUUGCGUGUCUACGGAUGACGAAGCAAGCGGCACAACAGUUGAGUUUAUGGCAGAGGCAAAUAUAUGUACGGAAAGUGUAUCUUGCACAUCAUGGGGGGCUUGUUCAGGUGAGGUUGUUGCAAUUAGUGUCAAACUUAUCCACGUCAAUGAAAAUUUAGACUAUGCACUCAUACAACUACCAGCUGAUGGAGCUAAUAUUGCUCAAACGUAUGGGUACUUGAGACUUAAGAUGCGUGAUGGCGUUGUGGGUGAACAAGUGUAUAUUCCACAGUAUCCAUUGUACCAAGGCAAACGGAUUGCGAUGAUUGAUGACUAUGCUAAUAACGUAGCAUUAUUAAGUCUGAGUGCAAGUUCCUGUGGCACAAUCGGCUACUCGUACAGCGGAGAUACACAAAGUGGGUCAUCUGGCUCACCCGUGCUUUCCUUCUCCGACCACGGUGUAAUUGCUCUUCACCAUUGUGGCGAGAUGUGUGCCAACACUGGCAUUCCAGCUAAACAUAUUAUUGCUGACUUGAUGGUGAAUGGUAUCGAUUUAGCGGAGUUCGAUGGACUUGAUGAUGGGUCUGAUAUACUGGCAAAUACAGAAUGCUUUCCUGCGUAUACUCGACCAGCACCUGAAGUUGUUCAGCCAUUAACGCCACGCUUGACGCUCGAUGGUGCAAUUAUUCUUGCUUCGAGUUACGUUAGCAUUGACAUGAUAAAGUUUACAUUGGAUCGCGAUACCGACGUCUCAUUUGAUGUUCUUUCGGUUGAAAUUGCGGACAACGAUACAUUUUACGACCUUAACGGUGACUGUCGACCUUCCUACUUGGAUUCCAUGAUUUAUCUUUUUGCGGAAGGAGACUCAAGUGUCGUCUUUGCGGUUGAUGAUAGUCCAAUUGAUGCUGCAAAUCAAGAUGGAUCCAUUAGCUAUCGUGAUCCAUACAAACGUACUUUUCUCAAACAAGGGACUUAUGAUUUAUUCAUUGCACCGACAGGUUCAAGUCAAGAGGACGCUCUUGCUGGCAAAACAAGAGCAGAUUACCCACCAGAACUCUACACAUGCCGCACUCGUGGCUCGUUUGGCUCGUACAAGCUCCGAAUUUCAAGCACAGUAGGUGGUGACCCCUUUACGUUUAUGAGCCUUCCUGCAACGGUAGGUAUAAACCCAGCAUCGUGCCAAAAGGCAGUCGACACUAUCUGCUAUUGA